AUGCUUAAAAUCUUCUCCCAUCUGGGGUUCCCCCUCCACCUCCGCCAAGCGACCACGGCCCCGGCCCCGGCCCCCUCGCUCAAAUCCUCCACGAGCGCCGCCGAAAACAAACUCGAUCUCGACCCCGCGACCGAGAAGGACAGCCAAAAGGACCCUGCUGAGUCGUUGAUCGAGACCGAAAAACGGGCCCUCAGACAAACGAACGCCCCCGCCUCUGCUGAGCGCCACGUCCAGGUCGACGCCGCUUUCGUCGACGUCGGUGAUUUGUAUCGCAGAAACGAUGCGAGCGCGGAAGUAAAGCCUUCCGAUAGGUGA